UUUCUUAUUCACCUCAGACAAAAAGAGAGGCCCUAUCUAUACUUCUGAAGCAGUUAGUGGCUUCCAGGGCAGCAGUCAAGGAGACCUUACCAAGGAGCACCACACAGUAGAUGCUGAGACAUCACACUCCAGGAUAAGGAACAGGAACAUGGCAGCACCUGUUUGAAAGAAAAUUAAAACCCAACAGACUCCAUUUAGAAAGGAACAAUGUCCAAGAAAGGGCGGAAUAAGGGCGAGAAGCCCGAGGCACUCAUUGUUGCCCUUCAAGCUGCCAAUGAAGACCUCAGGACCAAGCUCACCGACAUCCAGAUAGAGCUGCACCAGGAGAAGUCCAAGGUGUCCAAGCUGGAAAGGGAGAAGACGCAAGAAGCCAAGCGGAUCCGCGAGCUGGAGCAGCGCAAGCACACGGUGCUGGUGACGGAGCUGAAAGCCAAGCUCCACGAGGAGAAGAUGAAGGAGCUGCAGGCCGUGCGCGAGACGCUCAUCAAGCAGCACGAGCAGGAGACGGCGCGCACGGUGAAGGUGCGCGACGGGGAGAUCCAGCGGCUCAAGGCGGCGCUGUGCGCGCUGCGCGACGGCGGUGGCGACAAGGUGCGGACCGCGCUCACCAUCGAGGCCCGCGAGGAGGCCCGGAGGCAGUUCGACGCCGAGCGCCUCAAGCUGCUGCAGGAGAUCGCAGACCUGAAGACCGCCAAGAAGCAGGUGGACGAGGCGCUGAGCACCAUGAUCCAGGCCGACAAAAUCAAGGCCGGGGACCUCCGGAGCGAGCACCAGUCGCACCAGGAAGCCAUCUCCAAGAUCAAGUGGGAGUCGGAGCGGGACAUCCGGAGGCUGAUGGAUGAAAUCAAGGCUAAGGACAGGAUCAUCUUUUCCCUGGAGAAGGAACUGGAGACACAGACAGGCUAUGUGCAGAAACUCCAGCUGCAGAAGGAGGCUCUGGACGAGCAACUCUUCCUGGUCAAGGAGGCUGAGUGUAACAUGAGCAGUCCAAAGCGUGAGAUUCCAGGACGGGCAGGCGACGGCUCAGAGCACUGCAGCAGUCCUGAUUUGCGAAGAAAUCAAAAGAGAAUAGCUGAAUUAAAUGCCACUAUAAGAAAAUUAGAAGAUAGGAAUACCUUGCUUGGAGAUGAACGAAAUGAAUUGUUAAAACGUGUGCGAGAAACCGAAAAGCAAUGUAAACCUCUCCUGGAAAGGAACAAGUGCCUCGCCAAGAGAAAUGACGAACUGAUGGCAUCCUUGCAGCGCAUGGAAGAGAAACUAAAGGCCAUCACCAAGGAAAAUUCGGAAAUGAGAGAAAAAAUAACAUCUCAUCCACCCUUGAAGAAAUUAAAAUCUCUGAAUGACCUUGAUCAAGCUAAUGAAGAACAAGAAACAGAGUUUCUAAAACUUCAGGUCAUUGAACAACAGAAUAUUAUCGACGAGCUCACAAGGGAUCGAGAAAAGCUCAUCCGUAGGAGAAAGCAUAGAAGGAGUUCCAAGCCAAUUAAGAGGCCUGUUUUGGACCCAUUUAUUGGCUAUGAUGAGGACUCUAUGGAUUCAGAGACAUCAUCCAUGGCCUCAUUUAGAACAGACAGGACACCAGCCACUCCUGAUGAUGACUUGGAUGAAACUUUAGCAGCUGAGGAAUCUGAGCUACGAUUUCGACAGUUAACAAAAGAAUACCAGGCCCUCCAAAGAGCAUAUGCCCUCUUGCAGGAGCAGACAGGAGGCAUCAUUGAUGCUGAACGAGAAGCCAAGGCUCAAGAACAGCUCCAGGCGGAGGUGCUGAGGUAUAAGGCCAAAAUUGAAGAUCUCGAAGCGACUCUGGCUCAGAAAGGGCAGAUAGAAAAACAGGAGGCAGAAAAUCAUCGGUUACAACAGGAACUACAAGACGCCAGAGACCAGAAUGAGCUGCUGGAGUUUCGAAACCUAGAGCUAGAAGAGAGAGAGAGACGAUCCCCUCCAUUUAAUCUACAAAUUCACCCAUUCUCAGAUGGUGUGAGUGCUCUGCAGAUCUACUGUAUGAAAGAAGGUGUCAAGGAUGUGAACAUCCCUGACCUCAUAAAGCAACUUGAUAUCUUGGGUGAUAACGGGAAUUUAAGAAAUGAGGAACAAGUGGCCAUAAUUCAGGCCAGCACUGUGCUGUCCCUGGCAGAGAAGUGGAUACAGCAGAUUGAAGGAGCAGAAGCUGCCCUGCACCAGAAAAUGAUGGAAUUGGAAAGUGACAUGGAACAGUUCUGCAAAAUAAAAGGCUAUCUGGAAGAAGAAUUAGACUACAGAAAACAAGCUCUUGACCAAGCAUACAUGAGAAUCCAGGAACUAGAAGCUACUUUGUACAAUGCUCUGCAGCAAGAAACUGUUAUUAAGUUUGGUGAACUCUUGAGUGAAAAACAGCAAGAGGAACUGAGGACAGCAGUAGAAAAGUUGCGGCGGCAAAUGCUAAGGAAAAGCAGAGAGUAUGACUGCCAGAUACUUCAAGAGAGAAUGGAGCUUUUGCAGCAAGCCCACCAGAGAAUCCGUGACUUAGAAGAUAAAACAGACAUCCAGAAAAGACAGAUAAAGGACUUAGAAGAAAAGUUUCUGUUUCUAUUCUUGUUCUUCUCUCUUGCCUUUAUUCUAUGGCCUUGAUGUCAAGGUGCCUCUUAAAGAGUAACCGAAAACAUGGAUAAGACCCCAGAAAAGCAAAUGCUUCCAAACCUUCAAAGAUGGCAAAAUUGUUUACACCAGUGAGAGGGUGAUUAAAAGCUAAGAACUACCCUGUAGCCAGGACUACAACUGUGUAUUUUAAAGCCAUUAUUCAAGGUUUCUUACUUGACAGUUCCUACAUGACCCUGUUGAAAAGCUACAAUAUAUGCUGCAUUUAAUGAAACAUGUAUAUGUCAAACCAGAAGAAAAGAACUAUAAACAUACAUUGUAUAAAGAAAAAAUUCAGCAACUGAACCAGUUUCAGCAGAUCAAGCAAAGAUGUGUCUUGGGCAUGGAACCAAAGUUACAAUGAAACAUUCAACUCCUGCUGUGCAGGGGGGUCAUUUUAAUGUAACACCACACCCCAUGGAAACACUAGUCCUGAUAAUAAACAUCAUUUUAAAAGAUCAAAACAGAAAAAGCGGGUGGGUGGGGAAUGAAGCACGAGGAAUACCUAUGAGGAACUAUUUACAAUAAAAUGUUUCAUUUGAAAAGUCUGGUUUCUUACUACAGGGAUUUGCUUUUCUGUCUUUACGGUUGUUUUAAACUCAGGAACAGAGACGUCUGCAACAUGAAGGGGAAGAAAGCACUCCAUUUUUCUGCAGAAGGUGGAGCUUGUGAAAUUCACACCACAAAUGACAGAUGAGAAAUGGAUCCCAGCGACCCCAACUAAACUGGCAACCACGUCAGAGGACCUGGGGGAAUGUAUAUGAAAUAAAAGCAGAUUUGAUGCUUCUUUGCCCUCCCCUCACUCAGUGUUCUCCAUCGACAACGGACUGAUCUCAUUCACAUGGAAAAUUAAGAAGUUGAUGCUCUAGAUCACAAGCUCUCAGACUUAGUUCUCUUUAGAACGCCGACAUCUAGUGGGAACAUGGGCUGGAGAGCAUCUCUGAAUCUUUCCAUUUCCAAAAUACUGGUUUUCAAAUGGCUUUCUAAAAUUGUCUGCAAAUGAAUAUACUAAAUGAUUUGGGUAAAAACACCAUAGAGGUGAUAAGUGCAUUUCUACCAACUGUUGGGUUUGCCAGAGAGGUGUGAAUAGUAAACAAAAUUAUGAUUAUUUUUUAAAGUGUAUUGAUCUGCCUAAAGCAUUUUGACUUCUGAGAGUAAUAACUCCCUCCCCCUCCACAGCUGACAGCAACAAGAUAGCUCUACUUUUUUAUAUAGAAUAACAUGUUACUGAUAAGAUCAUUUUUUUACCAGAGACAAUUAGAAGACUGUACUUUUCCUAAAAUAUGUAUUACUGAGUCUUGGUUUCAGCUCUGAGAGCAUAUAUGUUCCUGAAAAGCUAAUUUUACACCUCAUUUACUGUAGAUAACAAAACAACCUCAAUUUUUCAAAUUUUUGAGGUUUUAUUUAUGGGGCUCGAUUUCCCAUCCAUAGAGAUUAUGUGUAGGGAGCCAGAAACUCUUUCUAUGAAAUACUACACAAAUCUUUCCAUACGUGGGUUCAGUAUCUUAUCCUUCAGUCUUAGCCCUGGUGUUUUCAAAGCCAGAACAAUAACUGAAGAAUGUAUAAGAAAAACUAGAAUUCUGGGGUCCCACUCUUUGUUCCUAUAUUUACUGCUGACCCAGGUAUCUUUGGCCCAGUCACUUAACCUCUCUGUGCCUCAGUUUCCUCAUCUGCAAAAUGGGGUUGAAAUGCUUUUUCAUAAAAUUUUAUUUGCAAUUUUGGAACAAGAGGUGCUUAAAGUAGCACAAAGUGCUUUGCAAUUAUUACAACUGCUGUAUUAUUUGACUUUCUUGUGUUGUUGAGAAAGAGUCCCCUGUGUAAUAAAAUAGUGCUUCAGUUUGGUUAGAUCUAAGCACGGUAGCAUUGAAGAUUUCCCAUCAAGCUAUCUGGGACAUCAUUAGCAAUAAAGAUUGAGAGGUUCAAAACCAGGGUCUCUAAUAAUCUAUAGCAAAUAGAUCAUCUCAUGCUAUUGAACAGGAUAGAAGAGCUCAUUGCAUCUAUGAUGAGCGUCUCCCAGCUGUCUCGGUCACGUCAUGCCAUCAUACAGAAUGCCGCUUUAUCACAGGACAGCCGACCAGGAAAUGAAGGUUUGAAGAGAACUGACAGUGUCACGUAAUUAGCCUGAAUAUCUCUUUCAUUUUGGGGGAAAGGUGAUGUGUCCUACUGGGGAGAUGCAAAACAAACUAUCCUGCUGGAUUCUUUGCUCAACUAGGUAGGUUCUAGAUUCAAUAUGAGCAGCAGGCUUGUCAUGCAGGCAGUGUGGGGGAGGGUAUGUCUGUGACCCAACUGGAGCAAACUUGAGUCAGAAAGUAUGAAGAGGAUAACUCUCCUAUAUCUCAGACUUUUCCAUUGCUCUUCACUUAUCAUUCCAGGGCCCAUCUGAGCAAAGCCCUACUCAGUUGACUCCACCAAACAUCUUCCCACUCUUCAUUUUUCUUCCCCCACCAAGAAACUUGUAGGUUAUGAUUUAUAUCCAAGAACUGACUUUCUAAAUGAUUAGAAAUAUUGGUGAGAGUGAUUCAACUAUAUACCUAAUCUGCUUAUCUGCUAUAAUUAAAUAUAAGCAAUUCAUGUGAGAGCAGCAGCUAGGGAGACCAUUUAAGCAGCUUCAGAUGUGUUCAGGACAAAUGUAAAAAGGAGGGAUUUUUUUUUCUUUUCUUUUUGCUUAAGAUCCAGGAGAUCAAUUUUCUGUAGAUUGCAAGCUAAACUGUAAUAUUUUUACUAAUUUUUUUGAUGAUCCUCUAACAUGACACUGGGUAAAUCUAAAUACUCUGAUAGAUACAUCUCUCUUAUCCAUUUUCACAAUUAUAAAAGCAUCAACAAAACUGUAAAUGUUCCAACCACUCAUAGAUCCAUGGAAACAGCCCAUGUCUAAACGAAUGCUUCCCUUGGCUGGGGUGUUCAACAGUAGCAAAAAUAGAAACAAAAAAUAUCUCAUGGAUAAUGGAGAGGCUUCCUGCGGUUUUGCUUCUCAAAAAGGGCAGAUAAACUCCUCUACAUCUUUAAUUUUUGCACUGUGCUACACAUUUGGUCAGUGAGUUAGCAGCAGUCAGAACAGCGUUCUUCUGGGUUCAUUCACCUAACUUUUCUUAAUAAAGUAUCCCUUGGAAGACAAACAUCACUGACUGCUAAAGAUAGUUUGAGAUAAAUGAAAGCCCCAAUUUACAUGUUUAUUCAGGUCACAAAAAUUUCCAUGAGGGGAGAAAUGGACAGACGAUAUUCGAUGAACACACUAAAAAGUGUCUAUCACCAGAUGGCCACAUUUUUUUUAAUACCACCCAACUUUUAUUUUGGGAAACUAUAGAAUUAGGUGAAAAAAAAUCAGAUCCCUUUUAAUUUGUCAUAUUAAUUAAAUUAUUUCCAACUGUGAUGUUUUAAGCAUAAAAGAAUACAUUUUGCUUUGAUUUUUUUCCAGUCCACAAAUAACCGCUCAUGUAAAUAGGAUGGGUCUUUCCAACCCAGUCAGAGAGAGGUGGUACAGAGUGUGUAAGUCUGCAUGGGGGCUGGACAGGAGCCUGUGUUCUCCUCUAGUAAUAAAAGAAAGUUUACCAGGUAACAUUUGCUCAGUAGCUUAUUUCAACUUACUUUGGUUAUUUUCAGUUUUAAAUAAAUGUCUGGCAAACCUCUACCUAAUUACUGUCAACUUUUUCUGUAAACCCACUGUGUAAUUAGCAUGUUCACUGUCUUCGAUGUAAUUCAUAAGUUUAUUGUUUUAAAAUGAAGCAUAUUUUUUAACUCACCUGGGUUUUCAUGGAAAGUGUAAACAGACUAUCCAUUGGCUUUGUGUUGAUGUUUAAAUAAUUGGAUAAUCUGUGUUAUGUCACAUCAAAAUAGAUGAGCAGCAUAGACAUUUUCCUUUUAAAGUAUUUUAUUGCAUUAUUUGGAUCUUUCAGAAAGUGGCAGGGAAUAUAUGUACACACGUGCACACACACAUGCACACACACACACGACAGGAUAGGAGUUUGCUGUGUAAACUGGGUUGGCAUUGCUGGUUGCCCUUUGUGAACUUUUCAUAACCGAGUUCUGGUGAUCUAAUGAUAGCUUUAGGCAAUUUAAUUAUACCAAUUUACUCAUUUAGAUUUGCCUGCUAUAUUUUAAAAGUUUAAUACAACUUUAGAAAGAUAAAUAAAACAAAUCUUAGAUGACUACAUCAUGAGUUAAUGCUUCCAAGCCCCCCUUACAGUGGACUUCUGGGUCUUAAGAGAGUACAGCUGUCAUUCUGUUCAGCUGCCUUGUGAUUUCUAUAUAAUACAUUUUCCUGAGAGAGAACUUCAGGCAUAUUGGCAAGAGGGUUCAAACAUCAAGGAAGAUUGGAGCUGAUCCUUGUGAGGCCUCUUCAAGGGCCAGAUUCUGUGAUUCCAUUUCAAAACUGGGCAGAGCAGAUUUACAUUCCUUUGCUGUCUUUAGUCUGGCAGUUUAGUUCUUCCUAAAUAAAUAUUCUCUUGUUGAGAGUCCAAGUCCAAUGUUUAAUCAAAAUUACUAAAGGUAGUUACUAGGGAGGCUAAGGUGGAGGAAUGAUCGCUUGAGUGCAGGGAACAUCACUAAAGAUACAAUUUAAAAGGCUAAAGGCAAUGUAGCAAAAAUAGGAUUAUAAUUUGCUAUAUUCAUCCUAGUGUGGCUGAUUUGGUGAGGUUUCCUUUGUGCCAUGCCUAUAUUCUCUCAUCCUUGUUCUAUGCAAAGUUUGGUAGGGUGAGAGGUGUAGGUAAACAAUUUUGAGCCCCAUGUUGCAUCCAAGACUUUACAGACUUACUAAAGAGUGGAAGAUGCAAUUUCUCAACCAAAAGCAGGUCCCAGCAUCCGUUAGGAACUAACACUUAUGUCUGACUGACAUCUCACAGACUGAGCCUAAUCCUCAUCAAUGGCAACAACUUCCCACAAUGAGGCAGACUGAAAUCCAAACAUUUUUAUAAAUAUGUGAUGUACAUAUAUUUAAGCAAAUACAUUCUGUACCUAGCAUGAUGGUAUGAGUGCUGUCUAUAUGCACUUCUGUUCUGGAGAGAGGACUUCAAUAAGGUUUUUACUGACACUGUUAUGUAGCCCAUGUUUUUGUUUAGCACCUAGUGUCUGUGCUUGUGCCUCUUGGCCUGCCUCUUUCUCCCUCGACCUUCCAGUCCUUACUGUUCUGUUUUGUUGUUGACUAAGGCAGAGACUACUCAGUGGUUCUUCAAUUACCCAGACCCAUCAACCAGCAAAUGGGUAUUCUCGAUUGUUUUGUUGUCCGUUGGUUGGGGUUUUUUUGAAAAGCAACAGGAAGUUCAACACAAUCUAAAGUGUUGAUACUAGCCCAAAUUUCCACGUCUUUAUUAGCUAAAAAAUCUCAUCCCAAGAAGGGUUUGUGUAUGUGUUAACCUUCAAGAUCCAGUUCUGUGAUGACUCAAGCGCAGAGUGAAAGCAUUUGAAUACAUCAUUCCCCAAGUGUCUACAGUACUAAUGUAGUCAGGGGUCCAAUUUCUCAGAGACUUCAUUCAACAAACUGCCUCAAUUGGGGUUCUUUCUGUCCGUCUCAUGAGCAUGACUCCAUAUAUUGCUUCAGUGCUUGUUUAUUAAUGAAAGAAAAACAUAAGUUGGCUGCAUUUCACCAGAAUGACCCUCUGAAGUACACUGAACAUGUACAUGUGCUGUAUGUAUUACUGUAGAGACUGGAAUCAACCUAUUGUAUGUAAAGUUUUAUGAACUGUUAUUUUAUAACUUAUGUAUUUAAUAUAGGAAUCAAUGAACUCUGGUGUUUUAGUUUAUAUAAAAAUAAAACAAAUUGCAUUUUUUUUAACUUUA